CCACUCCUAAAAGAGUCCCAACCCAAAGAGAAAAAAUCACAUACACAUUUGUAAAUUAAGAGCUUAGAAUUUCUAAAUUUUGUAAUGGCCAAAGUUGAAGGAGAAGUUCAAUUGUUAGGUGUAGGAGGAAGCCCAUUUGCUAGAAGGGUGCAAAUUGCUCUAAAAUUGAAGGGUAUUGAAUACACUUACAUUGAAGAAAAUUUAAGGAACAAAAGUGAUCUUCUUCUUAAGUACAACCCUAUUCACAAGAAGGUGCCUGUUUUAGUUCACAAUGGGAAACCCAUAGUUGAGUCUCUUGUGAUCCUUGAAUACAUUGAUGAAACAUGGGAGAAUUAUCCAAUUUUUCCUCAACAACCUUAUGAGAAAGCAUUGGCUCGAUUUUGGUCUAGGUUCAUUGAUGACAAGAUCCUGCCAGCAAUAUCAAAGGCUGCAUGGACAGUGAACAAAGAAGAACGUGAGAAAGGCAUUGAAGAAUCAUUGCAAGCUCUACAAUUUCUUGAGAAUGAACUCAAGCACAAAUUCUUUGGUGGAGAAAGUAUUGGCAUUGUGGAUAUUGCUGCUUCUUACUUAGCUUUCUGGCUCCCUGUGGUUGAAGAAGCUGUAGAAUUGAAGUUGCUUACCAGUGACAAGUUUCCAAAGCUUCAUAAAUGGAGUCAAGAAUUCAUCAAUCAUCCUAUUGUGAAAGAGAAUCUUCCUCCUAAACAAGGACUCUUAGGAUUUUUCAAAUCUCGGUAUGCAGCGAUUAGCGCUGCUUCGAAAUAGACGGAUUGUAAGAGUCAAUGGUGACCCGUAAUAAAUAAAAGUAGACGUGACUGCACGGUGCAGCACGCUACAGAGCCGUUAGAUUAAGAGGGUGAAAUAGGUUAGUCUUAGAUGAAAAAGGAUUGCAUGUUGUAAAUGUGUUAAUGCAGUAAUCAUUAUCGACUGUCUGAUCAAAAAGUAAUGGUUGAGAUCAAAACUGUUGAAAUUACACUGAUCAAUCAGAACCGUUUGAUUGCUUGACAGUCGAGAUUGCUUACUGCGUGUAACUGUGUGAAGUAAUCAAUCCAGAUUUGUCUUAGACUAAUCCUAGAAAUAAGAGAAGUUUUAACAAAAUGCAGAGUUUUCUCAUUUUAGUUUAGAAUAUUACUAUUUGAGCAGUAUUUUGAAUUCUAUUAUCACUUAUGUAGACAAAUUUGAUAUUUAUAAUUAGCUCAAGUAUCCUAUUUUGUA